UUGACAUUUGGGACGUUUGGAACAUUAAAAUUUGAGCAUCAACAUUUUGUUUACCUUAAUAUUUACCUAGUACGCCACCUUUCAGCGCAAAUAUUUACCCAUAGAAUAUAAGUAACUUGUUGCAAAUACAUUGAAUUUAUUCGUGGAAAAUGCCGUUAACUGCGGAGCAAGCGAUGCUUCAAGUACAGGAACGGCUUCGUUCCCUGAAAUCCUUGAUAGUGGAAAUUGAAACGGAGCGUAAGAGGAAUGAGCCAAACAUCGCCAACACGAUUCGGCUGGCCAAGAUGUCUAGUGAAGAAAAAUCAGCCGCGGUGAACCAUAAAUUAAAAGCUUUGUACAAAACAGGGCUCCAUGAUGCAAUCCAGGAGGAAAAUUUAAUACGACAGGCACUGGCUAAAAUCCAAGAUAUCAGAAAUAUUCGUAACGAACGCAGAAUCCAAGCGAGGAAUGCUGGCAAUAAGGAAACAAUUCGUAGAGGUGCACUCAUGAAGAUGUUACAAAUUUCAGCUCAAACGUUACCGUUGUUUGUAAGCAAACCAGGGGAAAAGAUUCCUCACUUGUGCGGAUGCAUAUCGGCUGAUAAUAGCUAUGUCGCUAAACCUGGUGAUAUGGUAGCCGCAUUAGUAAAAGGCUUGGAGGAUGAAGAGAAUUGGAUUUUGGCCGAAGUGGUCCAAUACAUUUCCUCGACAAACAAAUACGAGGUGGAUGACAUAGAUGAGGAGCAAAAGGACCGACACAUCCUGAGCAAGCGUCGUAUUGUACCGCUGCCACUGAUGAGGGCUAAUCCGGAAACCGAUGGUCAGGCGCUCUUUCCGAAGGGUACAACCGUAAUGGCUUUGUACCCUCAAACCACUUGCUUCUACAAGGCAGUCAUCAAUCAACUGCCUCAAACAGCCAACGAAGAAUAUGAAGUGCUGUUUGAGGAUCCAACCUAUGCCGAUGGUUAUUCUCCGCCAUUAUUCGUUGCCCAGAGAUACGUCAUUGCUAUCAAGCAGAACAAGAAAGUCGGAGCCAACUCCUGACAGUCUCAGCAGACAGCGGCCAACACAACAGCUACAAGUUCUACAACGUCUAUGGCAGGAACGACACUCGGUCCGGCACCGGGGGGCGCUGCUUGUAAUUCUAUUUCAGCUACUGGGGGAAACAUCUCAUUGACAUCUGGUAGUUUUAUGCAAUCGAAAGAGGACAACUUGAUGGAUGCAUUCAUGAUGGACGAUCAGUUUUAAUAUGUGUAAAUAUUCAUAAAAGGCCAGACGUAUAGGCAUUCAGAUCUGUGUGUUUUAAUCGUAGAAUCAAAUCAACCAAUCGCAUUCUUAUCGGAACAAUUAACAUAAACUACCAUAAUAUUCUUAUAACCAAUCAUAACUUUCCAUAUUGAGCCUCAAUAAAGCAUAUUCACGUGUGAUGAAA